AUGGUCACCACUCGUAAUUCUAAGGUACUCAAACGUGCUAGGAGCGACGACGAGUCCUCCAACGCAGACGAGGGGGCUUCCAGCAACUCAGGCGAGGAGGUUCCCAAUAACCCAGCCUCGACCCACAUCUACGGCCUUGCCUCCUAUUUCUGCACACGGGAAGAAUUUCAUGACAUCUUGAACCAGAUGUACGACAUGCAAGAUCAACCUUCAUACAGGCGAGGUUAUCCCAAUGUCAUGCAUGAUAUGUUCAACAAACUGCACAUCGCUAUGAUGAGCUGGACUUGGCAAUGGAGCCAAGAAAAAGGGGCCGAGCAUCUCUCGAAUGAUGAAAAACAGGAGAUCAUUGCCAGCCUCCAGGGCCAGUGCGUCCAGGACGACUGGGACAGUAUCCGAGCUCUAUCUCCGCCGGCGGUUCGUUGUGACAUGUGUGGCGUUCUACUCCAAGCAAUGUUUUAUCAAUUCAUCUUUGCAAUCUUUAUCGAAUCUCCCUUCUGGUUCAUGGAUGGGAGGAUCGAUUCUGCCGACGUAGAAGGUGAUCCUCAGUUCCUUCGACGGUUUCAGCAUCUGUAUGAAAGACUACGUGCAGCAACUGGCUUUGGUGCAGCAUGCUUGAAAUCAUUGAUCAUAUCGGAGUCCAAUGCGAACGGCCCCUUCAUUGGCGUGCCUCAUGACACGGAACUCGCCCGGAGCAAUUUUGCCCGCCGCAAGACAUUGAUAACUGCGUUCAGAGAUGAACUUCUCGGGCGCAGGGUCUUCCAACUUCUUCUCCGCCCCUUAGACGAUGAGGCUGUGGUAGCACGCCGCAACGACGCGCUCCAGGAUCUCCUUGAACAAGCAGUUCAGACAAUCCUCUACACUGAGGGUGGGAUCUACGGCAACUCCGUGAUAACUCGCCUACCCGAGCUGCCCGUCUUUGACUACGAGGAUGACCGCAUGACCUCGCACUAUUAUCACUUCGUCGGUGGUCCCCGCACCCGGGGCCUCGCACCUGCCCCGGGGGGUCGCAGCCUCAUUGUUACUCGCCCGGGACUCGCCUAUGCCGAUAUGCAAUCGUUUGGUCAUUUUGCGAAGCGCCCGCCUUAUCAAAUGUUCCCGGCGGAAGUGGUGGCUGAGAUACUGCCGGAGAAGACCAGUACCAUAACCAAGGCGAAGUCCAGAAAGACGACAUCCGCAAAGACGAAGUCCAGAAAUAAAAGGGCCAAGACGGACUCCAAACCCAAUACCACGUCUACGGUCUCCGAGACCCCGUCUGUGUCUCCGGUAGCCAACGCACCCGAUGCUGAGAACGACUCCAAGGAGGGAAUGGAGGAGAGGGCGAAAACUCCCCCUCUGGAGCUUCGGAUGCCGCGGCUGAGGAAGACAUUCUGGCGGAAGUGA